GGGUCAGUCUAAACUUACCUUCUAUAAGGCAGAUUGAGGACUUCAAGAGCAACAGUUUUGUGAGCCCACAGCAAACCAAAAAACUUACAAGCAAGAGACAAGCAUGAGUUUAAACAAUGUUCCUCCUGAAGUGGAGGUGAUGGGAUGGAAUCCCCAAAGUCUAGCUGAGUACAUGAGGAGGGUUUACUUUCCUACAGAAAUUGUACAGGAGGAAGAAAUUUGUAACUCGGAUGAGUUUGACAAUGAAAGUGAUCAUUACUAUGAGGGUCAACACCAGGAGGAAGGGGAAGACGGCUACAUCUGUGCUCAGACUGAGCCCCAAACAGCCGAGCAACAAGACAGUGACGAGACCAACGAAGAUGAAUACGAGGUGCCGUCCUCUCCAGACACAGUGAAGCCACUUCAGCACCUGAGAGUGUCUAAACUUCAGGAAGGUCACUACAGAGAUCCUGUUCAUGAUCCAUCCCCUGCCUCAAAACCUCCACUUCCUCCUCCACUAAGAAUGAACCAUACCCCUCAGAGAAUUUUCCCAGGACCAGCCAGCCAACCCAAUAUGCAUACUGACAGGAGCAAGAAGCGUGGACAAUCUGGCCCAUCCCAGAAAGACCUUACAAAAUCAAAGGGCAGCACCGUCAAGGCUCCUGGCUCAUUCACCAGCAAGAGCCCUAAACCAAGAACCCCCAAACCUACAGAUGUGUCCUGUAACAGAGCAAUUAAACCAAUUCCAGCUCCUCCAGUGCCAGCACAACCUGCUAAGGUUAACAAUCCAAUACCAAGACCAAGAAAGUGCAAUCAGGGUUUGGAUCCCAGCUGGUAUGGAGGAAAGGUGACCAGACAUCAAGCUGCAGUUGCUCUCAGAGAGGUGAACAAGGAUGGAGCAUUUGUGGUGAGGGACAGCUCACAAGGCUCGGUUGAGCACCCCUACACCCUGAUGCUGCUGAAACAAGGCAAGGUUUACAACAUUAGGAUUCAUAACCAAGGCAACUCCUACUUCCUCGGCACUGGCCUCAACAAGAGUUUCCCUGGGGUGAAGGAGAUGAUUACCCAUCACACACACACCCCGCUGCUGCUCAUUGAUGCCACAGACCAGAGCGCUGAAGCGCUGUCCCAGUGUUGUCUGCUGCACCCAGCGGGUCUCUGACCAGUACCGGCACCAGCUUAAUGUGGGUGUUUGCAUCUGUCUCUGUGAUUCUGCAUGCUAAUUUGUGCGCACGGAUACGCGUGGCUUGUUCAGAAGCCUUUUAGGAACAUCCGAACAAAUGUCACAAUUUUCACAAUCACAAAGGUCAUUGUUAUGUAAUUUCUCUUUUUGGUGACCUCACUUGUGUUUUAAGUACACAGAAUUAGAGAAAAGGAAUUAUUUUUACAUGGCUGAUGGUUUGUAUACUUUAUUAAACUAUGUUUUCCAGACACACAGCAUUACCUCUGUU